CUGGCUUUUGAUUUACCAUGAAACGCUUCUUGCGAAUCUCAGCAGUUUUUCUACCUCAGCUCUUCACCAGUCUGGUUAAGUCCGGAGGGCCACCACGGGAGCCAUGUUCAGUGGAACAGGCGGAGAUCUGUAAGGAUAAUCAUAAGUUGAGUCGCUUCGCGUCAACUGAGUAUCUAUGGAUAUGCUACUCAUCGGCAGCCAUUAUGGUUUGGGUCAAGUUGGUAAACCAAGUGACAUCUCCUUCUGACACCUUCUGUUUCUGUGUUGCCGGUGCGCAUUUCUCAAGAUCCCAAGUGUUCCAGUUGGAUCAAAGGAAGCACCCCCAUGGCCAAGGAUUCGGAUCAUCUAAUGAUGUCGAGGAACCGCUUUCUGGCGGUGUGGCCUCUGAUUGGAACCUAGACCUAUCAUUACAGCAUGGAUAUGAGCCAAUCUCAUUGAAGACCCAGAUACGUGAAAUCGACUUUUUGGGAAUGUUGACGCAGAAAUCGCUUGACCAUCGGGAGAAAAACAACGCAGGGGAUUCUGAAAAACAAGAAUAUGAGACAAAGGGUUCUCACUACUUGGAGAAAGAUGACAUGGGUGAGGAAGGUUUCUAUCAAAAUUCAUGGAUUUUCUUUCUCAAAUAA